AUGGAAAGAAUGGGCCUCGGUGGCCAAACAACCGUCUCAAGGGCCGUCCAGCGCCUAAUUCGAUUGUCCGCCAGAGUCGGCCUCAGUUCCAGUGGCAGCUUCGACGGCUCCACCCCGCCGCCAGAAGUCAUGGCAUUAUAUGGAGAUCAUUUUUCUAUUUUUUUAAAUUCCUUCAUUUCAUUUCCAUAGGCAAAGUCGGAAGGACCCUUUGAGGGUCCGUUUUGGAUCAAGGUUUCUAAAAAUUGUUCCUAAACAGUUGGCAAAGGUUUCCUUUUUACUGCCUUUUUCCGUCCUUUCAUCGGCCUUCGUCCAUCCUUUUUGGACCCUUUUGAGAAAUACAAUUUUUUUAAAUUCGGAAUAAUCUUUACAAGUUACUGUAAAUGAACCAAAAUGCGCUACAGUAAUAAAAUCGGAAAACAUAGCAGAGACUUUCAGAACCUUUUCGCGGCCUCUCCCGUUUUUCACCCUUUUACGACUCUUUUUAGCGCACCAAGAACAAAAGGCUCAAUAAAGGUCGUAAAAAGGGACCCUUUUAACGGCCAUUUUGCAGUCACUCCCUUUUUGCACCCGUUUACCGCACUUCCGACUUUGGCAGUGAUUUAUUUAUUUAUUUAUUUUCACUCAAACACAAAAAUACAGAUACAGAAUAGAAAGUAUUUGAGUGAAGCGAAACCCGAUAUACAAACGCCCCAACGAGCGAUUUACCGGGAUGGGAUAGUGAUCAAAGCCCUCAUUUUUUUUCUGAUUUUUUUCCGUAUUCGUCGUGGAAAGGGCAGUACUGGUUGACUUACAACCCUUUUGGAUGUUUUUAAAGGCUCAGUGAGGAGCUUGAGAAGCUCUCCUGGCACGAGUAUCUCUUAAGAAUUUUAAAGUGGCCCCUAUAGGGAUUCGGUAGGAAAUAGCCCCUAUAGAGACUUGAAAGUGGUCCCUAUAAAGGUUUAGGGUCCGACCCCUCAGCCCCUAAAGCUUGAGUGGUCCCUACAGGAGUCGUUCAAUUUUAUUCAAAAAAAGUUAUUUUCUCAGUUUUUCCCAUGGAAAUGCUUCUAUUGGAGCCACUAACUAUAACCUCUAUAGUUGCCACUUUUUGCAAGCUUUAGUGACCCUUCUAGGGGUUGGUAAACUGAUCCCUAAAAGGUACCCCGAGGGCUCUUAAGGUUGCCCCUAUAGGGACCACUCUGUAGUUCCUACUGUCGGUCGCAAUUUGACUCUGCUUUUCCUAAAUGAAAAAUAACCUAGUUGUUACUUCCGCAAGGGUCGGCGUACACAAAAGUGCUUACCGUAACCAUCUUUCCUUAAAAAAAAUUCUCCGCGACCGGAAUUUUAUAGCUUUUUCUGAACGAAACCUUCAAUUAGAAUAUACUAUAUCAGAAUAACGGAAAAAAUUCAAAUUGAGAAAAAACAAAAGUUGACAAUAUUUUUUUCUCAAUAGAGCAACUUUACUGCAAAAUGCAUUUUGCGCGGGUUUUUCGAACCUUUUUUUCAAUAUUUCUUUUUACUUUUUUCCGAAAAAGUAGGAAAUUCUGAACAGUUUCCAGGUUUUUAUAGGCCAAACUUCGUCUUCCACUUCAUCUAGUCUCUAAAAAUCAAUAUGAUCUAGAUAUCAAGCCUGUUAAAGGCGGUCGGUCGUAUUACGGUAGUUUAGAAAAGUUUUCAUUUGUUAUAAAAUAGAAAUUGCUGAAUUUUUUAUGCCGUAAUACAUUUUGUUGAAUCGAGAGAUAGGGUUUGAAGAAAUAAGGAAAAAAUAAAAAUAUUUCAAAAAUUUCCUUGCUCAAAAAGACCACCAAAGGUAGGUCAUUUUACUUUGCGAUCCGGAUUUUCUUGAAAAUUGACCAGGAUACAUUUUGAUGUACCAGAUAAAGAUUCAGAAAGUCUCAAUCUGCAAAACUUCCUAAUUUUCGGAAAAUUACGGCUCAUAGUCCAAAAAUAGCCUAUUUCGACUGAUUUUCAGGGUUUUCUUUGACUUUGAGCUGUCCAACUAGGAAUUUUUCGAGGUUGGAACUCUUCAUACAGUACCGCUCAAAAGUCUAUUAAGUUUUGGUUUUUUGAGGAUAUCUCACCGAGUACUUAUCCGAUUUAUAUAUAACUUUCAGGAAUAAUGUAAAAAUAUACUUUUGAAAACAUAUACGGUAUACAAAUACAUGUCCGCAAUCACUGUGACGCGUUUUAGGAAUUUUUUUGAAUUCAAAUUUUUUGUUUUUUUAUGCUUUUAUUUUUUUAUUUAUUUUUUUAUUAAAUUUUUAAAAAAAGUAAUAAUGUUGCCAUAUGUUUUUUUCAUGUUUUUCAGACAUGGGAAGAACCUCUGGAAAAAAAGGAUUUGACUGAUAACAGCAAAAGAGCCAUCGUUGUGGGUCGUCAAAAUGGACUGACCAUGAUGACGUUGGCAGGAAUGUUCGGCGUGACAGAGGCGUGCAUUUCUCAGUUCCUAAAGCGUCAGAAAGCUCAAGAUGGCUCUACUAACAGCCAACGCACUGGAAGACCACGUGUCACUGAUCGUAAUGACGAUAGAAACAUUUUGAAGACGUCUAGAACCAAUCCAAGACUCACCGCAACUGCGAUCAGACGGGAAGUUUACUUGAAUUCGCCAUCUCCGCCAUCCGUCUGGUCCGUGAAACGACGUCUGAAUGUUGCUGGAGUCAUGGGAAGACGUCCAGUGAAAAAACCGCUGAUUUCUGAAAAGAAUCGAGCCGGCAGGGUGACGUGGGCGAAAGAGCAUCUCAACUGGACCCGUCAAGACUGGAACAAGAUUCUGUGGUCCGACGAAACGGUCUUCCACCAUGUUUUACAGUAA